CCGCCGCUACCACUGGCUGGCCGAGGCACGGUCUCUUGUAGUGUUUCUUCCUAAUGUGUGGGUGGUCAGGGUGGAUGAUUUAGUGCCAGCCGCUGUGUAACGCAAAAGUAGUUGCCACAGUUGUGAUGGCUGCCUGCAGUGGUGAUAACAAAAUGUUUGACUCCUCAGACUCAGAUGAUGAGUCCAGCCAAGCUUCUGUCCAAACUCUUAAAGUGGACUGGCUGGACAUGUCCUUCAUGGGCUGCCCUCAAAGUGUUGCUCUCAGUGGCUUGCCUGGCUGCCGCUUCAGAAAUAUUUACCAGAAUUUGAGUAUGGAUCUAAAUAAAUUGACUGACCUGGGAAUCCUGGAGGUGGUGGUGUUGGUGACGAAGGGAGAGCUGCGGAAGUACCGAGUGCCACACCUGAUGCACGAGUACGAGAUGCGAGGCAUUGCUGUCCACCACUACCCUGUGCCGGACGGCUUGACCCCCUCCAUUGAGAAUGUCAUGGCCAUUGUUGACUUAGUACGACUUGCACUGGAGAAGAAAAGAAAAAUUCUUAUUCACUGCAUGGGAGGUUUAGGGCGAGCGUGUGUGAUGGCUUCUUGUUUGCUGCAAUAUUUUGAUAACUCCCUCACUCCAGACCAAACCAUAUUUAUUUUGAGGGAGCUGAGGGGAGCCUGUGCAGUACAGACAGUGAAGCAAUAUAACUUCAUUCAAGAAUUUAGGAGUUAUUGUGAAGCAUGGAUGGAUGAAGACAUUGAGCGUUCUGUGUCUCGAUGACAGCCAGAUCCAGCGGACUACAGGUUGUAACAUGUCCAGUGCAAUGCUGGUGCAGAAAGUUGAAAGCUUCACACAGGACAAGGAUGGAAGCAGGGUAAAACAUCAUUAUCACUGAGUCACAAGAGCCAGUGCAUGGUAAAGGUAUGCUGUUGAUGGAGUAAUAUACUCAUAUGCAGGACUACAGACAUCCGUAUUCCAUGUUAUGAAUCAGCUGUGAUAAAUGAAGUAUGUUACUUUGUAAAAUAACAUUACUUGCAGUUAUUUAAUACAUUGUGAACAUAAUCUAGUCAUUAUCAAAGAUGGAAGUGUUGUAUACAGUAUGUUUAUAUUAUGUACCAUGAUUUUUUAAAGAUUGAUAUUUUAUUAUUUUAUUAUAAUCAUCAUCAUCAUUGUAAUUUUUCAUUGUUAGCAUGAAGCUUCUUACUUUACUCAAGAGCAGAUAUGAGGAAGCUCCUCAUGUGACAGACAGACAUGAACAACAGUUGUGUCUUGUUUUGAUGGCUAUCACAACACUUGCAGGAAUGACUCACUCCAUCCAUACACCACUCAUACACAUGUCCCAUACUCAACCAUCAUCAACGCUAAGAGCUUCAUGUCAUACUUGUAUGGGGCAAAAUGAUAGGUACACUCUUUUGAUGUAUUAUUUUCUAAGCAGUUGUUUUUAACACAUCUUUAUUUUUUUCUGUUUGACAGACUCCUCUCCAUUACAGCCUCUGAACACAAAUUGUAUUUGUUCAAGAAGAUCAUUUGUAUCCAGAAAACUCAUAUUCAUAAUUUUUCCUAUUAAAAACAAAGAAAAAAACAAGUAGUGUCAUCAGUCACAGGCACACUCAUUCUGAAGCCAAGAGGGAUUACAUUUUGUAACAAACACUGCUAAAAACAUUACUUGGGAAAUCAUUAACGAAAUAAUGAAUAACAGUCAAGCAAGGAUGAUGGGCAAAAUUCUUUGCAAGGAUUCCUUCUUGCUGCUUCCAUGCUCUCCAGUCACCCUCACUGGAGAGGGUGUUUGUCUCCUCACCUGCAAGCUGUAUUGUAGGUAGCAUAGCAAAAGCACAAGUAAUGAUGUGGGUCCUUGCAAUACAGGAGAGACAGCACACACAUAGCAACAAUGAAUGAAGUAGAUGUAUUUCUGACAAAGUGUUACCAGUUAACUUUCAAAAUCCCUCAAUAGUAUUCAGAGAAUGAAUUCCUUCACAUCACAGUUCUGUAUAUUUCCAUAGUUAAAAACAGGAACAUUCAUAUUCAGGUUUGAAAAUAUAUUUAAAUACCAUUUCAAUUACGCAAACCACGUUCAGAUUUUUUCAUGUUCAGAGGUUCUACUGUACUGUACUUUUUCAUUCUUCAAUCUUUACUGGUCUCUAAGAGUAGUUGUAAUGCUGAGGACAGUUUGAUGUUGUAUAGUCUUUUGAAUAUUCCUACCUAUCCAUAUGCUAGGCUAUGACUCCUCUUAAAAGGAAGGAUAACCUACCUUGUCUCAUUGUGUGACGUGAGUGAAGUGGCAGCCAAGCAUUCCCUUGUCAAGUAAGUGUGAGGAAGAGAUGUCUUCAGGAAGAGCUUUAGAUAAAGAAGAGCUUGCCAAAUAUGCUUUGUGUUUGUUGAAAUGUUAUGAUGAAUGUAUUACUGCUGUUGUCAUGGUGGUGGUCUUAAUUGUUCCUGUUAGAAAUAUAUGAGAUCAAAACUGUUUGAGUGGAGCAGCUUUGAGUGAUGCUGGAAUAAUUUAGCAUCACCCUAUCAAAUUCAUUCAUGAGUCAUGAAGGUGAGCCACGUAUCUUAGAAAUUCCUACAAGAUUAAUUAUGAAUACUCCGAAAAUUGUAUUCACUAAGUAUUUGAUUCAAGCAUGUCUUCUUUUAUGUAGAAAGCCCAAGACCCCCCAAAAAAAAUGGAAAAAAACACAUUGAGGUGCUAAUACUUAAAGGAAAGUGCCAAAAGAAUUAUUGAGCAGUGAAGUAUGUUGAAUCGUCUCUAGAAAGAUAGUCGGCCAUAGUUAGGGGAAAUUCAGAAACAGGCAGGUACGGAAAAGAUUAUUUCCAAGUACGUAUUCUGAUAGGUAGAAUGAAAUGGUCAGAGGGGGAGAAUUGCGACCACAUUAAUUGCUGCUUGGAUACAGUGACCAUUGCAGGUGCUACUUGGAUGACAUUAGGGAACAGGGUGGCAUUGCUGGCCGCUUAUAUUUCUACAAUUAAGAAAGAACAAUGCAAUACUUGUAUAGAUAUACUAUGGAUAUUAGGUGAUUGUACACUCCAUUGACAUCCAAGUCUCCAAUCUUGGUCCCUGACUGUUCUUCCUUUGCACUCCUCUGUUCACAAGUUUGUGCUAGGGAAUGUUUGGCUGCCACCACAUUUUCACUUGCCAUAUUUGUAUGUGUGUAAACUAGAGACUAAUGUCUAAGGUGAAACUCUCCUUAGGUUUCAUAAUUUUUUACUCUAAUUAUUGAUUUGAUACAAGAAAAGGAGAUUUAGAUGAACUUACCUAGCUGCUGUGUACCUCUCUUGCCAUGUAAGGAUUAAGAUUGCAUCUGUCCUCUUACCUUGAGGUCAUUAUUAGCCUACUUAUUACAAGUAACUUUGUAAUCUCAAACUAACCAUAGACUCUACAACUACAGAAUUUACCUAUACUUACAUGGUCAUGACUAUGUACACCAGUUUGCAUCACCUAGGUGGUGGUAUUUUGCUAAUGUGGAUUUCUAGUGUUGGCUUGAUGUCUUUGGCGAAAGACUAAGUAGAUAUGAUGCAGUCUCAUUGUUUGUGUUGAUCUUCCACAUUCCUCUUCAUUAUUAAGUCACACUUUUAGCCAUCAGCACUGUUGGUGGUGGCAAGCUGGUUAAAAGAGCUGGAAACGUGAUGGCAUUGUACGAGAAACUAUCCCAGUCUGUGGCUUGCUUUAUGAUUGCCGGCUGUCUUCGUGUUGGAUAUCAGGCAAAGACAAAUAAUAUCACUAUUUUCUUUUUCAUUCUCUGUAGGUUUAGCAGGCCUGUCUUAACCUGAAUUUACUUACAAGAACCACCAGCAGUUUUUUUUUUUUUUUUUCCAUAUGUAGGAGUAGGAGGGAAUGAGCCAAGGAUAACCAAACUUUUUAAAAAGGUGUUGGUCCCCAAACUGGGUCAAAAGAGUUAGCUAAAUGUAAGCUUAUGGGAUAAAUGUCUUGAAACCUCUUCCUUCAAUGACUUAGUCAUAGGAAGAUAGUAAUACAGAAGCAAUCAAGAGUUCACCAGAGGAAGGGACUAAGGAUUGAGAAUACAGAUUAACUCCUGCAUUAGAGAAGAGGACAGAAUAGGAGAAUAGGGGUGAGAGAAAGAAGAGUGUCUUGUGCAACAAGACCACAGGAGAAGAGGAGGCACAUGGUUAGUGAGAUCAGAAGAGCAGUUGGCAAUGAUAAGUUGUGAUAGAAGACAGCAAGUGAUACAACAUUGCAGAGUCAGAAAGAGACUGAAGAUGGUAUGUCAGAAGAGAGAUGAAAUGAAAAGCUUUUGAUUCCACUCUAUCUGAAAGAAUAUGAGUGGAACCCUUCCCAUACAUAUGAAGCAUACUCUGUACAAGGACAGAUAAGACCACUAUGGUCUUGUUUUAUCAGGAUCAUAAUCCUGAUAGUUGGCUUGGUGUUAUUAUAUGUUUAAAUUUGUUUCCUUAUUUUUCUAGUUAUUCAUUAAUUGAUUUGUCUUGACACAGAAGAGAUUAGCCUAGGGCUGUAAACAAAUUAAUGCAAAGUCAUGUUGGUGUAGAAGUGUGUUGCUUGUCCCUUGUUGAGGUUUUUCUUAGGAAGGAAGGUAGAGCAGCAUCAAAACAAGGUGUUUGAGGGCACUAGUGUAACGGAUCAGAAAAAAAAAAAAAAAAGGAACAGGAUUUUUUGCUUCUUACUUCAAUUACUUUUCCUUUGUAUUGUCUUUUGGCAACUUUGUUUCUUCUUCCUAGUGUGGUCAUUGUGGCUAUUUGCAGUUUGCUGAUGUUUCAGUGGAUUAUCAUCGAUGUGCCAUAUUUUGCUUUUUGUGAACCUCUCCUAUCAGUGUUACAUACCUUAGUGUUUUGUUAUUUAACUUAUCAAAUUAUUUUGCUCAUUUUUCAUUCUCCAAUUUUUGGGUUUCAUAGUACACAGUAAUGCUCAAUGUUUUUUUUUUUUAUUAUUAUUUUCAUGAUGUAAAAAACUUUUCUGCACUCUUGGAACACCAUUCAGAGAUUGACCUUGUUUAGAAUACUCCUUUUAAUUUUGUUGUAGGAUUUAAUCUGCUUUUUCUAUUUGUCAUUUGUUUGAAUUCAUUUGAAAUACUUUGUUCUUAUAACAAAAUACUUCUGUUCUGAGAUGACCCUUGGUUUUUAAUACCGAUUCUUUCCUCUGACAAGUAACUUGUGUCUGUGAAGGAGACUGAGAUAGCUUUGGAUAAGAGAUUGGCUUGGCAGGGAGACAAAUGUUCUCUUAACCAGCUUGAAUGUACAGUAACUUUAGCUGUGUUUUGUGACUUGUGGUUUUAUAUGUUUGAAAUGAGAGAGAAAGAUUUAGCUGUUAGGUCUAUAAGAUAGAUUUUUAUAUACAAAUAUUUAAUAAUUUCAAUAUUCUAUCAUAUUUUUUAUCUCCAAAGUUUUGCUUUGGAGAACAAGACAGAUGAAUGGACAGAAUCACUUUAUUAGGAGGUAUGCUGUGAUGAUUUUUACCAAUUACUCAGACACCUCAAAGCACUUCAAGCUUGACUAAUUAAAGAAGAAAAGGAGUAGUGUGCUCUCAAGUUACCAUUACUAUAUGCUCAUAAUGAAUUUAUUGGUAGAAAAUUACACUACUAUCAGAAUUUUGUGGAAUGCAUGUGUUGAACAUAAUGCUCCUACAGUAAUUUGCAGUCAUCAUUAAGUACAGGGAAACAUUCAUUACACUAAUAUGGUGGUACUCCUCCAAGGCUGCAUCUCUGUUUUCAAAAUAGAGAUAAGAGAUAUUAAUCAACAGAAUGAAAAUGUAUUCUGCAUUCUUUCAUAGAGUUGUCCACUUCUCUUCUAAAACAAUUCUGCUCCUGUGGUUCUCUUUGAAUGUGUAUCAUAGGAGAAAUAGUUAUACAGUACUAACCAUUCUCCUGAGGGUGGCAAGCAAAAUAAAUGUUAUUGACUU